AUGAUUAGUAAAACUAUUCAAAAUGAAAUAAUUGACAUUUUGUAUAAAGUCAUUAUUGAGAAAAUUAUAAUCAAUGUAACAAAAAACAAGUACUUUUCUAUAUUAUGUGACGAUACUACAGAUAUCAGCACAAAAGAACAAAUGACUUUUUCAGUCAGAUACGUUGACAUGGAGGAGAUUCAAAUCAAAGAAGAGUUCCUUGGAUUUAUUGAGUUAGGUUCGACAACUGGAUCUGCUAUAAGAGAUACUAUAAUCAAACAAAUUGAGUGCUAUAAAUUAAGCUUAAAGAAUCUUCGUGGCCAAGGAUACGAUGGUGGCUCAAAUAUGUCUGGUAGAAAAAAUGGUGUACAGGCACUUAUUUUAGAAGAUCAGCCUUUGGCAGUAUAUACCCAUUGUUUCAAUCACCAAUUGAAUUUAUGUAUUUCCAAAGCAUGCGAAGUACAAGCUAUUAGAAAUUUGGUUGGUAUUAUUGGCACUGUAUCUGUUUUUUUAUCUACAUCUGCCAAAAGAACAAAUAUUAUGUUGGAUAUUAUUUCAAAAGAUGAUUCAAUAUCAGCCCCCUUAAAAACAAAACUUAAAGCCUUGUGUGCUACCCGGUGGGUUGAACGACAUGAUUCUAUUCUAACUUUCCGAGAACUUUAUUCAUAUAUUAUUUUAACUUUAGAAGAACUGGAAAAGAUGCCUGACUCUGAGACUGCAUGUAAAUCAAUUGGUUUCAGUGCAAGUAUUAAACGAAGUGAAUUUUUAAUAUCUUUAGAAAUUGUAGCUAACUUAUUUUCUCAUACAAAAACGUUAAGCUUAGUACUACAAAGCCCUAAAUUGGAGUUAUCUAAAGCUUUUUCUCAUGUUAAGAAUGUAAUUGAUGUUAUGGAUGAUAUUAGAGAAAAUUCUGUAUCCAAAUUCGAAACAUAUUUUAAAAAUGCUUCUGAUAUGGCAGCUCUUGUUGGUGAGGAAAUCAGAAUACCUCGUUUAUGUGGACGUCAAACAACACGAUGUAAUAUUCAAACGACUGAUCCAAUAGAAUGGUAUAGGAUAACCAUUUUUUUACCUUUUAUUGAUCAUUUAAUUUCCGAACUAAAAUUAAGGUUCAAUGAAAAGUUAAGUGAAGUAAUGCCUUUAGAAGGAUUGAUUCCUACACAUAUUGAUAAAUAUGAUGAAUCAAAUAUUAUUAAAGCUGCGAUGAUAUAUAGUGAAGAUUGGUCAGGUCAAAAAUUGGAUAUACAAUCAGAAAUAUCAAUCUGGAAGAAAGAGUGGCACAAUAUUCAAACUAUGAAACCCGAUACGGUGAUCGAAACAUUAAAACACUGUGAUGAAUUUUUUCCUAUCAUUAAAACAUUAUUACAUUUAUUGGCUACCAUACCAGUUACUACAGCUAGUGCAGAAAGAAGUUUCUCUUCAUUAAGACGCCUAAAAAAUUAUUUGAGGUCAACCAUGGGACAGGAGCGUUUAAACGGUUUAGCUAUUUUAAACAUUCAUAAAAACAUACCUAUAAAUAUUGAUGAAGUAAUUAAUAUAUUUUCAAGAUCAUCUAGAAGAAUAAAAACGGAGGAUUGGUCAAUUUAA